AUGGAGGCUGGAUUUUACAUGGUGAUUCUUACCUGCGUGAUCUUCGGGAACUCAGAAGGGUUUCAGAUUGUCCAUGUCCAGAAACAACAGUGUCUUUUCAUAAAUCAGAAAGUGGGCAUAGGUUUAUGCAAUGGGACCAGCCAGAACCAGCAGUGGAUGUGGACCGAGGAUGGAAAGCUCCUUCAUGUUAAAUCCGCGCUGUGCCUGGGCAUCUCCAAUUCCUCUCGUGGCCCUUUGCGUGUGGCCAUCAUCACCCACUGCUCCCAGGCACCCCGAUGGACCUGCUAUGAGCAGGAAGGGUUCCUUGAGGUGGAAAAUGCCUCUUUCUUUCUCAAGAAACAAGGCCCUAGGGUAGUGGUCAAGAAGGGCAGAAAAUACCUCCACAGCUGGAUGAAAAUAGAUGUCAAUGAGGAGGGAAAACCAGUCAAUGGAAGCCUCUGCAUUACAAAAGCUGGCCUGGGGGCAGAAGUUUCGGUGAGGAGCGCUAGAAACAAGGCUCCUCCCCAUAUCCCCACUACUUUUAAUGCAGUUGCAAAUAGCCUGGAACACCUUACCAGGAAUACCACAGAGGCCUUCAUCAAAAAUACUACAGAAAACUACAGACGAAACAGCAGCGAGAGGCAGAACCCCACUCUGCACAUGACUGGAAUUACAGACACACCAUGGUCAACUACUCAGCCCUUCUCCGGCACCACUGAAGAGGUAACAGGAAAGGGGGUACAGAGUGUGGUUCGGGAACAGUCUCAGAAAGCCCUUCCCUUGCAAAAUACUUUGCUGAAAACACCACUUCUGCAGUGGGGGGAUCAGGCACUUUGUGUCCUAGCUGCUGAUUGUACAUGA